CUCCAGUCUCCACCAUCACAUAUAUCUUAGGCAUUUCUUUUUCUUGGAUACAGUCACCCUUCUGCACGUAAACCAAGAUUCUUUAUCCAGUUUCUGUAAGGCCAAGAUGAGAGUUUGGUGAAUUUUUGAAGUUGGUUUUUGGAUCACUUGAACAAUGUUCUCUGUCUGCUCUGCAACUUCAAGCUGUUCCUCACAUUCACAGGUUCCAUUCCAUGGAGGGCUGCGACAACGCACGCCAUUGUGGAAGGAUUUCCAGUCCAGAUGCACAUUGGAGGACAAGUCAGUCUUGAACUUGUCAAAUGGAACUCAUCUCCAAAAUAUUUCCUUCAAACCAAAGGCUAUAAAGUCUUUCUACUGCAAUGUUGAUGGCAGUACUGAUCAAUCGUUAUCUGUUGAUCUCAUAAAAGGUCAUUCAUGCCAAAACAAAUUAGACAAUGUUGAAUGCAACUUCUCUACUGGAUGGAGUUCUCUAGUUGAAGCAAUAAAUGAACCAAGUAUUGUACAAAAUGGGAAACUUAAAUAUGUAGAUUCUACCUCUAUUUCUAUGGAAGAGGAAUUUGUGGAUCUCACUAAUCAGUCAGCUGAAAGUUCCAAUAAUUCCAUCCAAGCAUUUCAACCUGAAACUGUCUCACCUGUUGAUAUAACAUCUGAGAAUCCUACUUCAAUAUCUGGCUCCCUGAAGAUUGGUGAUGAUAUGUUAUCUGGUGCGAAAUCUAGUCUUGCUGAUUUUCUUGCUGGUGUUAAUGAGUCUUUCAAUUCUUCUGUAAAUAAGGGAGAGGAUGCUGUGAAAAGCUCACUUGAUAAAGUUACUUCAUCUCUAACUUCCAUCACUGAAAGUGCUUCUGAAGCAAUAGAUAAUGCUUUUAGUAGAGUGUUUUCAGCUGUUGAUCAAACAGGGGAAUUAACUGGCAAUAAGUUUUCUAGCUUGUCAAAUGACUUGAAGGAAGUGUCCAGUAAAGCAACAACUAUUGCUCUUGACUUGAUAAGACAUACAGUGGUUGUAGUGGAAGAUUCCUUGUCAGAUGGAGCUUCUAAUUUGGUGUAUUAUUAUGCAUCUGCCAAGGAUCGUCUUCCUCCAGAGAUCAAGGAUGGACUUAAUUUGUUUGAAGACAGAGCAAUAAAAGUCUUGGAGCCAGUCAGAGCAGCUUUUGAAAAGGGUUACAUUGCUAUUGAGGGUCUGGAAAGAAACCUUGGCUUGGAUCCAAAUGAUCCAAUCAUCCCAUUCACCCUUUUCCUUGGCACCUCAACCACUUUAUGGUUGUUUUACUGGCUGUGGAGGUAUGGUGGCUACUCUGGUGACUUGUCUCCUAAACUAACUUUGGAGCUCUUGUCUGGAAAUGAGAAAGCUGUUCUUAUUGAUGUCCGGCCUGAGGUUUUUAGAGAAAGAGACGGUAUUCCUGACCUUAGAAGGGCAACUCGUUUUCGUUAUGCCAGUGUAACUUUUCCUGAGGUUAAUGGCACAGUACGGAAGCUGUUGAAGGGUGGGAGAGACCUUGAUGACACUUUGGUUGCUGCUGUUAUCAGGAACUUGAAGACUGUUCAUGACAGGUCCAGGGUCAUAGUCAUGGAUGCUGAUGGUAAUCGUUCCAAAGGUGUUGCAAGAUCAUUGAGAAAACUUGGGGUUAAGAGACCAUACAUGGUCCAAGGAGGCUUUCGAUCUUGGAUGAAACAGGGUCUUCGAAUUAAGGAGCUCAAACCUGAGACAGCACUUACCAUACUCAAUGAGGAUGCUGAGGCAAUCCUAGAAGAUGUCAAUCCUUCUCCAGUGCAGCUCCUUGGGUAUGGUUUGGGUUUAGUAGCAGCAUUGUAUGUGCUACUAGAGUGGGAGAAAACACUACAGUUUAUUGGUGUUAUUGGCCUCGGCCAGACUAUUUAUCGACGGGUUGCUUCAUAUAAUGAUGCUGAUGAUUUUAAGAAAGACGUGAGGUUGUUGCUGACUCCCGUCAAAGCUGGAGGUCAGGCAUUUUCAUGGGCUGCUGGAAAAUUAGAAAGCAAUCGCAUUGCACUGCCAACAUCACCCUCAUCCUCAGAUGUGCAGAACCGAGUGGUGCAGGCCGCUGCAAAGCAUGAAUCUCAGCCAUCUGAGACAGAAGGAAUCCAAGGCCCUGAAUCAGUGGCUCCGGUGACUGAGAAUGUAGAUCUCUCCGAAGCCUAAACUUCAAACAUGAAACAACUAGAGCAAUUUUUCUUUCUAAAUGUGAAUGUAAGUAAGAAAUUUAACGUACAAACUAAUUUGCUCAAAACAUAGAACGGAUUUUGAAGAUCUCUGUUAUUGGGGUUUUGUGCUAAUAAUAAAACCUGGCAAUCAUC